AUGCGAUUGCCAGUUGCGAUAUUGUUCCUGUUAUUCUUACGUGCUAGUGCCGUUUGGCCGUUUGCUAGCAGUGAGGAAGGUAAAUAUUUUAACGAUCUAAAAUUUUUUAUAAUACUCAAAAAAAGUUUUUAUAUUUUUAGUUUUUUGCAAAUUAGCACGAUGUUUCAGAAACGACAGAAACUACUCCUACUACGCCCACAACUCCAACAACACCUACCACGCCUACUACUCCUACGACACCCACGACUCCAACCACCCCUACAACCCCAACUACACCUACCACCCCAACAACACCCACUACUCCAACUACACCUACUACACCUACAACUCCUACCACGCCUACUACCCCUACCACACCAACUACUCCAACGACCCCCACGACUCCUACAACCCCAACUACACCCACUACCCCAACAACACCCACUACGCCAACGACUCCAACCACUCCCACAACCCCAACCACACCCACUACACCUACUACUCCAACAACUCCAACUACACCUACCACACCCACUACUCCUACCACUCCAACUACGCCUAGUACACCUACUACUCCAACUACUCCAACCACUCCUACUACCCCUACCACGCCAACAACACCCACUACCCCUACUACUCCAACCACUCCUACUACCCCUACUACGCCUACUACACCUACUACUCCAACUACUCCAACAACACCCACUACUCCUACAACUCCAACUACACCUACCACACCCACUACUCCUACUACACCUACUACCCCUACCACGCCUACUACACCCACUACUCCUACCACUCCAACUACCCCAACAACACCCACUACUCCAACUACACCUACCACACCCACUACCCCCACGACUCCUACCACACCUACUACUCCAACUACCCCUACAACCCCAACGACACCAACCACUCCUUCAACCCCCACAACUCCAACGACACCUACUACUCCAACCACUCCUACUACCCCUACCACGCCUACUACACCCACUACUCCUACCACUCCAACUACCCCAACAACACCCACUACCCCUACUACUCCAACCACUCCUACUACCCCUACCACGCCUACUACUCCAACCACUCCCACAACCCCAACCACACCCACUACACCUACUACUCCAACAACUCCGACUACACCUACCACACCCACUACUCCUACCACUCCAACUACGCCUACUACUCCAACUACCCCAACAACUCCAACUACACCUACCACACCCACUACGCCAACGACCCCAACUACUCCAACCACUCCCACAACUCCAACUACACCUACGACACCUACAACUCCUACCACGCCUACUACACCUACUACUCCAACUACCCCAACAACACCCACGACUCCAACCACCCCUACAACCCCAACUACACCUACCACACCAACUACACCAACCACUCCAACCACACCCACUACUCCAACUACCCCCACGACUCCAACUACUCCUACAACUCCAACUACGCCUACCACACCCACUACGCCAACGACCCCAACCACUCCAACCACUCCCACAACUCCAACUACACCGACAACCCCAACCACCCCUACAACUCCAACCACACCUACUACUCCUACCACGCCUACUACGCCUACAACACCAACGACUCCAACAACUCCAACUACCCCGACUACACCAACUACUCCUACAACCCCAACUACACCAACAACUCCUACUACUCCAACUACACCGACAACCCCAACGACUCCAACCACACCCACUACACCUACAACACCAACUACUCCUACCACUCCAACCACCCCCACGACGCCAACAACACCCACAACUCCAACAACGCCUACUACACCAACUACUCCAACAACUCCUAGUACUACUACUCGUAAGUUAUCUUUAAAAUUUAACUGACAGAAUAAUUAACUUUGCUUUUUAGCAUGUGAUGAUGGUGCAACCAACUGUCAAGAGUUCCUUAGUCAGUGUUCGACUUCGCAAAAGGUUAUGACCUACUGUAAGAACACUUGUGGAUUAUGUUCAUCAACCGCUGCGCCAGCCCCUGCUAUUCCAGCCGAUCCGCCAGCUGCUGAAACACAAGCUCGUAAGCAUAUUGACAAAAAAUUUUUUAUACUACAUGACACCGUUGUAUUUUAGUCGUAUUGUACAUUACAUAGUCUUGUCAAUUCUGUUUUUGCAGCAUGCGAUGACGGAGCCACAAACUGUGCCCAGUUCAAAUCACAAUGUUCAUCGUCAGAAAAGAUUCAGACCUAUUGUAAAAACACUUGUGGUCUGUGCCCAGCAGCAGCCCCAGCAGCGUCGUCGGAUUGCGUUGACAAAGCGACGAACUGCGCUUCCUUCAUUGGUAACUGUUCGACCACGAACAAAACGGCAAAGGAUUACAUGUUGUACGCGUGUCCCAAGACGUGCGGUCAAUGUUAA